AAACUAAAAAAAGCUUUUUAAGGAAGCAACAAAUUGAUUUCCAAAGUGGUUGUUCCAUUUUACAUUCCCACCAGCAGUGUAUAAGUGUUCCAGUCUCUCCACAACCUCUCCAACAUUUAUUAUUUUGUGUUUUUUGGAUUAAUGCCAGCCCUACUGGAGUGAGAUGAAAUCUCAUUGUAGUUUUGAUUUGCAUUUCUCUAAUGGCUAAUGAUUGUGAGCAUUUCCUUAUGUAUCUGUUAGCACCCUGAAUGUCUUCUUUAGUGAAGAGCCUGUUCGUAUCCUUUGCCCAUUUUUUAAUUAGGUUGUCUUUUUGUAGUUGAGUUUUUGCAGUAUCAUGUACAUUUUAGAGAUCAGGCGCUGAGUGGAAAUGUCAUAGGUAAAACCUUUUUACUGGUCUGUAGGUAGUCUUUUUACUCUUUUGGUGAAGUCUUUGGAUGAGCAUAGGUGUUUGAUUUUUAGAAGCUUCCAGUUAUCUGGUUUCUCUUCUACAUUUUUAGAAAUGUUUUGCAUACUGUUUAUGCCAUGUAUUAGGGCUCUUAGCAUUGUCCCUAUUUUUUCUUCCAUGACCUUUAUCAUUUUAGAUUUUAUUAGGUCUUUGAUCCAUUUGGAGUUAGUUUUUGUGCACGGUGUGAGGCAUGGGUCUUGUUUCAUUUUUUUGUAGAUGGAUAUCCAGUUAUUCCAGCACCAUUUGUUAAAAAGUCUGUCUUUUCCCCAAUAAAUUGACUUUGGGCCUUUGUCAGAUAUCAACUGCUCCUAUGUGGAUGGAUUUAUGUCUAGAUUCUCAAUUCUGUUCCGUUGAUCUAUGUAUCUGUUGUUGUACCAGUACCAGGCUGUUUUGACUACUGUGGCGGUAUAAUGGGUUCUAAAAUCAGGUGGAGUGAGGCCUCCUGGUUUCUUCUUCUUUUUCAGUAAUGCUUUACUUAUCCGGGGUCUCUUGCUUUUCCAUAUGAAGUUGGUGAUUUGUUUCUCCAUCUCAUUAAAAAAAUGUCAUUGGGAUUUGGAUCAGAAUUGCAUUGUAUCUAUAGAUGGCUUUUGGUAGAAUAGAUAUUUUUACAAUGUUAAACCUUCCUAUCCAUGAGCAAGAUAUGUUUUUCCACUUAUGUAGGUCUCUUUUGGUUUCUUGCAGUAGUGUCUUGUGGUUUUCUUUGUAUAGGUCUUUUACAUCUCUGGUAAGGUUUAUUUCUAAGUAUUUUAUCUUCUUAGGGCCUACUGUAAAUGGUAUUGAUUUGGUGAUUUCCUCCUCAGUGUUCUUUUUGUUGGUGUAGAGGAAUCCAACUGAUUUUUGUAUGUUUAUCUUGUAUCUUGAUACUCUACUGAACUCUUCUAUUAGUUUCAGUAGCUUCCUUGAGGAUUCUUAAGGGUUUUCUGUGUAUAAGAUCAUGUCAUUUGCAAAUAGAGAUACUUUUACUUCUUCCUUACCAAUCUGGAUGCCCUUUGUUUCUUUAUCUAGCCUGAAUGCUCUGGCUAGGACCUCCAGCACAAUGUCGAGUAAGAGGUGAUAAAGGGCAUCCUUGUCUGGCUCCUGUUCUCAAGGCUUUGCCCACUUUUUGAUUGGAUUCUGUUUUUAUUGUUAAGUUAUAAAAGUUUUAUAUAUAUUUUGGAUAUUAGGCCCUUAUCCAACAUAUGGUUCCUAAAAUUUUCUCCCAAACUGUAGUUUGUCUGUUAACUUUGUUGAUAAAGUCCUUUGACGUAGAAAAGCAUUUCAUUUUUAUGAGGUCCCAUUUAUCUAUUUUGACUUUUGUUGUUCAAAAUUUGUUGUCUUAUCUGUUGUUAAAUACUAGAUCCCUCCGUAGGGUUUUCAAUGGCAGAUUUUUGGAAGUAGAUCACCAGCCCUUUCUUUGGAGGUGCCUGUGGGUGAACUUGAACUGCCAACCUUUCAGUUAGCAGUGGGGCGUGUUAACCAUUUGCACCUCCCAGGGACUCCUUGGCACAUUGUAGGUAUAACUAAAGAGUUAUUAUAAUAAAGAGGCAGUUUGUAGCCAGUGGUGAUUAAGGGCCCAGACUGCUAUGUUCAAAUCUCAGCUCUGCCACUUUGUUUCUAUGUAAUGUUAGGCUAAUUACUUAACCUCUUUGUAUCUCAGUGUGGUGCAGUGAAUUACUUAAUAGAGCCCUUCCAGCUAUAGCCUUUGUGACUCCCACAGAAUAAUUAGGUGGGACUAGGCAAAUAAAGUGUUUGCGGCCCACCAAGGGGAUUGGACAGCCUGCUAACAAUGCAAAUAAGGUGCAUGGAACCCCUGUGGGGGUGGGACCAUGAAAAUAAGGUGUAUGGAACCCUAAUGAGCGGAUGGGUCUGUUUUGCCAUCACCCUAAGCUUAAAAGACAGCCAAUCCCAGAGCAGAGAGGGGUGGACAUCACUACCAUCAAGAAAGAAGACCCAGGAGUGGAGCGUGUCCUUUGGACCUGGGUACCUGCAAUGGGAACCUCCAAGACCUAGGAAACAGAGCGAGAUGUAACCUAGGAAAGAAAGAAGAUGGUACAAGACGGUGAGAAGCAGUGGCAGAGAAAUGGUGGCAGAAGAAUCAGGAGACUGGCAUAAGAUGGUGCAGUGGGCUUCCUGGCCCACAGAACAAGGUGGCUACAGUGGGUGUACCAACCCACGGAGUGAGAGAGUUGAGUGCCUUCUGGCAGGCAGCUUGCUGGAAGAGCAGGGUAUCUCUGAGCACUUAUUGGCAGAGCUAAAAGAACUUUGUAACACUUGCCUGAGCAGGGCAGAGGCCAGGCUGUGGACCAAGGGCUACAGGUGGAGGAACUGAGAGAGGGAGAAAGAGAGAGAGCCCUACCUAUUGGCACAGCUGAGAAGCUGACCUAACUGAAGAACUGUAUCCUGAGUCAUUCCUGAUCCUGAAUUGUAACCUGUUACUUCCCUAAUAAACCCCAUAAUUGUGAGUUUGUCUGUAAGCUCUGUGUGGCCAUUGCAACGAAUUAUCGAACCCAGCAGAGAAGUAGAGAGUGGCAUGGGAGGGAUGACUGGUGAAAACGUUGGAGGGCGGAGGUAUUGAGGCAGGCAGCCUCAGAGCCCAGCUCUUCUUUGAAUAACCUGCUCUGGCUUAUCCUCCUACGCAGAGCAGAAUAGUUCACACAUUUUCCUGGAAUUGUUCUUGUCAAAAUAACCACAAAAUGGGCCAUAGCUGGCCUCAGCCCAUUUUAGAAGGCCUUCAACACCAUCUUGACAUUUUAAGUGACCUAUUUUGGUGUAGUGGUUAAGUGCUACGGCUGCUAACCAAAAGGCCGGCAGUUCAAAUCUGUCAGGUGCUCCUUGGAAACUCUAUGGGGCAGUUCUACUCUGUCCUAUAGGGUCGCUAUGAGUCGGAAGGAAUCCACAGGGCAGUAGGUUUGGUUUGGUUUGGUAUUAGCUCAUUAAGAGCAAAAUACAUAUAAGCCUCUGGAUGGAGACUUAACACACCGGUGAGAGAAGGUUGACCUCUUCAUCCCAGGAAGUUGAACCCCUGUCUAAAGAAAGUGCAUAGCCAUCUCCAAACAUUGGGUGCCUGCAUGAAGAUCAAUCCUGAAUAUUCAUGAUAAAUUUACAUUUCCUUGCCUGCUCUUUGUAAAAGCUCACCUCCCCAAGCUGCUUGUGAGCAGUCUUGGAGGCAGCAGCUCAGACUGUUCCUUUACUUGCCAAGGAAAUAAAAGCAUCUUUGUGAUCUCCCAUAUCAGCCUCUUGUUUAUUGGCUGUGACAAGUCAUGCCAAGCAACUUGGGUUUUCCCAACAUUUCAUUUGACUUCCACCUCAUAGGAGUCAGCCGUGGGCUGAUGUGGAUCUGGAUUCUCUUUCCUCCCCCUUGUGAAGUUAGAGGAGAUUGGACGCACACGUGCCGUUUUUGCGGUCUCAGUUUUCUUAUGUGUGGGAUGGGGGUAAUAACCACAACUACCUCACAGAUUGUUGUGAGGAGUAAGUGAAAUAAAAAAAUAAGCCAGGUGAAAUUUGGUGGUGAUAAAAGCUCAAGUAAUAAGUUCUGCUCCUCCUAUCCUAUUAUUAAACUUGUCCUGCAAUUCCCCUUUCCAAACUCUGCUUUCCCCCAAUAAUAUUAUCUUCUAAGAUAAUAAUGCAAUUAGCCUCGUACCUUUUACCAUACUCUACUUUUGUUUGAUUUACUUCUGAAAAUCGGCCCAACGAAAACCCUAUAGAUCAUAACAGUCUGAUCUGAUCUGAAACUGAUCAUGGGGAUAGCACAUGACUGGGUAGUGUUUGUUCUGUCGUGCAUGAAGUUACUAUGAGUCAGGGGCCAACCCUACAGCUGCUACCAACCACUUUUAUUCUCUAACAUUAUCACCUUCCAUAUUGCUAAGUUAUUUACUUAUUUAGUAUUUUUAUGGCUUAAUAUCUGUCUCCCUCCACAAGGUAGUAUGCUCCAGGAGGGCACGGAUUUUGUCCUUUUCUUUCAGAGGAAUCUCCAGCACCUAGAACAGUACUGGGCAUGUAGUAGGUGGUCAAUAAGUAUUAACUAUUAUUGUUAUAAAAUCUACCCUGAUACCCUAUUUAAUACAGAAUAAUUCUCCAACCCCGUUUGAACUUUGAUUCUCCUUGACCAGCUUUUUCUUUUUCGCAAUUGCACUUAUAUAGCCUUUUUAAAAAGAAAGCGAUAGAUGGUUAUUCAUUCAACAAAUAGUUUUGGGGGUGCUUACUCUGUGGCACUGUUUUAUCACUAGGGAUACAGUAAGGUACAAAACUGACACAAUUCCUCCCUUUAUGGAGCUGACAUUCCCAUGGGGGACUUUUUUUUUUUCUGUGUACAUAAAAAAAUUUUUUUUUGUGGUAAAAUAUAUAUAACAUAAAAUUUUCCAUUUUAACUAUUUUUAAGCAUAUAAUUCAGUGGCAUUAAUUACAUUCACAAUGUUGUAUAACCUUCAGCACUUUUUCCAAAAUUUUUCAUCACCCUGAUCAGAAACUCUGUACUCAUUAAACAAUAACUCCCUAUUUCUCUCUCCCCCCUGGUCCCUGGUAACUUCUAACCUAUUUUCCGUCUCUAUGAAUUUGCCUAUUCUAAAUAUUUCAUGUAAGCUGAAUCAUAUAAUAUCUGUCUUUUUGUGUGGCUUAUCUCACUCGGCAAAAUAUUUUUUUUUAUAAUUUGUUGAGAAUAUACACAACACACACAAAUUUGACAAUUUCCACAUGUACAGUUCAGUGGCACUGAUCACAUUCUUUGAGUUGUGCAACCAUUCUCACCCUCCUUUUCUGAGUUGUUCCUCCCCAAUUAACAUGAACUCAUUGCCCUCUAAGGUUCCUAUCUAAUCUUUUGAGUUACUGUUGUCAAUUUAAUGCCAUAUAGAUAGCUCUUCAAAGAGCACAAUGGUCAAGGCAGACAUUCUUUACUAGUUAAGCUAGAUUGUUAUUUGGAGUCCUGGUGGCUCAGUGGUUAAGAACUAUGACUACUAACCAAAAGGCCGGCAGUUCAAAUCCACCAGUUGCUCCUAGGAAACCCUACAGGGCAGUUCUACUUUGUCCUAUAGGGUCACGAUGGGACAGUUUUACUCUGUCCUGUAGGGUCAUUAUGAGUUGGAAUUGAUUGCAUGGCAGCAGGUAGUAGUAGUCUUUGGUUUUAAGAAGGCUUCAGGGGAUAUUUUUGGUUUAAGGUUUAAAGAUUACCUCAGGGCAAUAAUUUCAGGGGUUUAUCUAGCAUCUAUGGCUCUAGAAAGUUUGGAUUCCAUGAGAAUUUUAAAUUCCGUUCUGCAUUUUUCACUUUUGGUCAGGAUUCUUCUAUAGAGUUUUGAUCAGAAUGUUUAGUAGGCUCAGCAUAAUGUUUUCAAGGUUAACUUUUGCCGUAGCAUGUAUUAGAAUUUAAUUUCUCUUAUGGCUGAAUAAUAUUCCAUUGUAUGGAUGAACUGCAUUUUGUUUAUCCAUAAAUUUGUUUAUGGACACGGGUUAUUUCCAUCUCACUUAUUACCUUUUAACACGCUAUGUAAUUAGUAUUUUUAUUACUAGUGUCCUCCCCCUCACACACACCUAGAUUGUAAGUUCUGUGAAAUCAAGGAUUUUAUAGGCUUUCUUUUUAUGUAUCCCAACAUCUAGGACCCAUAACCAGACCAAACCCAUUGCCGUCCGGUCGAUUCCCACUCAUAGCGACCCUAUAGGAUAGAGUAGAACCGCCCCAUAGUUUCCAAGGAGCGCCUGGUGGAUUCAAACUGCCGACUUUUUGGUUAGCGGCCAUAGCACUUGCCCGCUAUGCCACCAAGGUUUUCACAUGUAAGACAGUGCCUGGCAUAUGGUAGGUACUCAAUAAAAUAUUUGGUGAGUGAAUUGUAUGUGGUGUAGUGCAGGAUGCACUGGAAACGGAGUCCGAAGGUCACCUGCAACUGCCACUGAAAUCCCAUGUGACCUUAAACACUCGAAUUCUUAACCCCCUUUGGGUUUUAUUUUUUCCCUCCCAGUUCCGACCCACCUUGGAUCGCCAGCUGCUCAGGGCAAGCAGGUGGGGUCGCGUCCUUCCCCUUGUGGCCGCUAGGGGGCAGUUGUGCCCCCGGCGCAGCCCCGCCCACUUCCCGGACCUCCAGCGGCUCCUGGAGAGAACUGCCCGCCCCUUGUAGAGAAACGGAGUGUGGCCGCGCCGGGUUCACUUGCUCGUCCGCCCGGCCGCCGGCAGGUUGCAGUCCCGCCAUGUCCUGCUACAUCUACCAGCUGCCCUCCUGGGUGCUGGACGACCUGUGCCGCAACAUGGACACCCUCAGCGAGUGGGACUGGAUGCAGUUCGCCUCCUAUGUGAUCACGGACCUGACCCAGCUGCGGAAGAUCAAGUCCAUGGAGCGGGUGCAGGGUGUGAGCAUCACUCGGGAGCUGCUGUGGUGGUGGGGCAUGCGGCAGGCCACCGUCCAGCAGCUCGUGGACCUCCUACGCCACCUGCAGCUCUACCGUGCCGCCCAGAUCAUCCUCAACUGGAAACCAGUUUCGGAACUCAAGUCUCCCAUUCCCUUUCCGGACACGGUGAAGCCAGUAAGUCCAUUGGCAGCUUCUGUGAGGAAUGCCAUGGAUGAGCAGGAGAAAGGGCAGCCCGUGCAGCCGGCCACCCUCCCGGGCCCAGGGUCUGCUGCAGCCAGGGCAUCCCAGCAGUUCUUUCUCCUACCUCUUUCUGAAGAAGAUGCCCCUCACUCCUUAAAAACCAGCCUCCCCACUUCGUCUGAUUCAAAGGAUUUCAGCACCUCUCCUCCUAAGCAGGAAAAGCUUUUGAACCUGGCUGGAGACAGCCUUCUCUGGAGUGAGGCAGAUGUGAUCCAGGCAACCAACGACUUCAACCAAAACCACAAAAUCAGCGAGGGUACCUUUGCUGUUGUCUACAGAGGGCAAAGGCAUGGCACGCCAUUCGUCUUCAAGAAGCUCAGGGAGGCGGCCUGCUCAAGCUCAGCAUCAAUUGAAAGAUUCUUUCAGGUAGAGGUACAGGUGUGUCUUAGCUCCAACGUUUUGCUAGACCAAAACUUCACCCCCAAGCUGGCUCAUCCAGUGGCUCACCUGUGUCCUGUCAACAAAAGGUCAAAAUACACCAUGAUGAAAACCCACGUUUUCCAGGCCUCAGCUGCAUAUCUGCCAGAAGAUUUCAUCAGGGUGGGGCAGCUGACAAAGCGAGUUGACGUCUUCAGCUGUGGAAUUGUAUUAGCAGAGGUGCUCACUGGCAUGGCUGCGAUGGACAAGGACCGAAGCCCGGUUUUCCUGAAAGAUUUACUCCUAAGGGAGAUUCCAAGUAGCACCACCUCGUCCUGCUCCAGGAAGAUGGACAUUGAGAAGGUGAUGGCAAAGGAGAUCUGCCGCAAGUAUGUGGAAAAGCGUGCGGGGAAGUUGCCAGAGGACUGCGCUGAGGCCCUGGCUGCUGCCGCCUGCCUCUGCCUACGGAAGCGCAAUGCCAGCCUAGCCGAGGUGUGUGGCUCUGUGGCUGCCGUGGAGGAGCGGCUCAGAGGCCAGGAGACGUCGCUUCCCUGGAGCGGGCUUUCCAAGGGCACAGGCACCUCCUCUAACACCCCAGAAGAAACGGACGAUGUGGACAAUUCCAGCCUUGAUGCUGCCCCCUCCAGAAGGGAAGCAUCCUGGGUGGGAGCUGCCUCCUCACCUCUACCCACAGAGGAGGGACAAGGGAGGCUACGGGCCAGCGGGAAAAUGGAGGCUGACUCCCCCUCUGAGGCCUGUGCCAGCCAAGUGCCUCCCCAGGAUGCAUCUACAGAGACUUCAUGGAAAAUUGAGAUCAAUGAGGCCAAAAGGAAACUGAUGGAGAAUAUCUUGCUCUACAAAGAGAAGAAACUGGACAGUGUUGAGCUUUUUGGACCCUGAAAACCAGGACAAAGCUGAGGACCCUCGUCCUUAAUCAGAAAGAUAAGAGUUAAAUCAAGAAAAAGGUCUGAAAUCAGAGACUCAAGGAAACAUUCAGUCCAAAGGACUAAUGGACCACAUGAACCACAGUCUCCACUAGCCUGAAACCAGAAGAACUAGAUGGUACCUGGCUACCACUACCAACCUCUCUGAUUGGGAUCACAAUAGAAGGUCCUGGGUAGAGUGGGAGAAGAAUGUAGAACAAAAUUCAAAUUCAUAAAAAAGACUAGAAUUACUGGUCUGAUAGAAACUGGUGGAACCCCAGAGACUAUGGCCCGUAGACACCCUUCAAACCUGGAACAGAACCCAUUCCCGGCGAUCACCUUUCAGCCAAACAGUAGACGGGUCUAUAAAGUGAAUAGUAACACCCAUGAGGAAUGUGCUCCUCAGAACAAUCAAACGUAUGAGACCAAAUGGGCAGCAUUUGCCAAAAAACCAAGUUCAGAAGCCAGGAAGUGGCAGGAAAGAUAGGCGAAUGGAAACAGGGAACCCAAGGACAAAUUGGGUAGAGUGCUGUCACAUUGAGGGGAUUGCAGUUAAUGUUGUAAAACAAAAUGUGUAUAAAUUGUUGAAUGGGAAACUAAUUAGCUCUGUAAUCUUUCACCCAGACUGCAAUAAAAUGUUAAAAAAAAAAAAAACAACUCUGAGGCAGAAUCCAAAAUGUCCCAUGAAA